AAAAAUAAAUAAAUAAUCGCCGGAAAACUUAUCUUACCCGUUUUCGAACACAUCCCAUUAUACACAGCACAGAAGCCCUAGACGGUUUUCUAUUACUAGUCCCCAUCGCACAAUUCCAAUACCAAAUUGAGCGUCUCCCUCUAUGAAAAAAAUGGUCAACAGUGAUAAGAAUCUACAAUCGUCAAGGUAUCAAAUCGAAGAAGAAGAAAACGAAGAGCUACUAGCGAAGCCAGCAGUUUCUCCAAUCGUAAUUACCAUUUGCAGCGACGACGAGGAGGCCGACGACGAGGAGGCCACCGUCGAUCUGAGCUCGAAAAUCGUCGAGAAAUCGAUGCUACGAGCGUGUAACUCCGGCAGACAAAGCGACGGCGUUGCGGAUGAACCGAAGAGCAAUGGCGCUGCUGUGAAUUCCAACGCGAUUGAUCUCUCUUCGUCGCCGUCGCAAGAAGCUGAACUCAUGGCCGAUGUGAAGAGUAAGAAGAAUAGUAGGAAAGUGAAGAAGAGGAAGAACAAGAAGGUGGAAAAGGAAGAUGAAACUGUUGUGGUUGCAAUGGAAGAAGAGAAGGCCAAGACAAGCAAUGCUCUAGAAAUUAAUGUACCUGUGGAGCCAAAUCAAGUCAAGAUAUCUGAUAACAUUGUGCUACGGAAGCUACUUCGAGGGCCAAGGUAUUUUGAUCCUCCAGACAAUGGUUGGGCAAAAUGCUAUAAUUGUGAUGGUGAAGGUCAUGCAGCUGUGAAUUGUACCUCAGUUAAGCGGAAGAGGCCGUGCUAUGUUUGUGGGAGUUUGGAGCACCAUGCCAAGCAGUGCACAAAGGGACAAGAUUGCUUCAUCUGCAGAAAAGGUAGCCACCGUGCAAAAGAUUGUCCAGAAAAAUACAAAAGGGGAUCUCAGAAUUCAAAGAUAUGCUUAAAAUGUGGGGACUCUAGUCAUGAUAUGUUUUCAUGCAAAAAUGAUUAUUCGCCUAAUGAUUUGGAGGAUAUACAAUGCUACAUUUGCAAGAAUCUUGGCCAUCUUUGUUGUGUCGAUUUUACCAAUAAUGGUCCAAGAGAACUUUCUUGUUACAGAUGUGGUCAGUUGGGCCAUACAGGUUUGGUGAGUUUAUUCAAUGGCUUCUUAUUUGCUGGUAUAGGAUAUAUUCUCAUUGUACUGUUUACAACAUUUUGAAAGUUGAGGACAUAAACUAAUUUUAACGGGAAAAAAAAGUGGAAUGCGAUUUUGUUGAUUCUCCUUUCUUUGGCUGGCACCCUGUUUUUCUCACUACCAUACCAUUUGAACUCAUCCAUUAUGUUAUUCAGUCUCCACCAUGUAGAAGUUUGAGGAGGUCAAAUUUGCUGGAAAAUUGGAGAUUGAGAUUUUUUGAGUUGAAUUAUUUAUUUAGAUUUGUGCUCAAAAUAAUUGAUUUUGUGCUCGGCUUGGAUGAGGUGGUAUGGAUUUGUAGAUGCAUGUGCAUUUGUGCAUGUUUGCAUGCUGUACAAUCUUUGUGUUUGUCUUUAUAUGUAUAAUAGAUAUUAUUAUAUUACUGAGCAAUUCAUUUUAUGAUCUCCUGUUAAAUUUGUUACGGAUUUAGAAAGAACAGAGUUUUGUUUUGUUUUGUUUUGUUUUGUUUUGUUUUGUUUUGUUUUUAAUUUUUCCUUUUUAUGAUAUUGUUACGAACUUACGACAUCUGCGCUAUACUGGAAUAUAUGUCAGAUAUUUCUCUUCUUGAGUUUUUUUCGUGUGUCAACAUUGUUAUGAAUAUCCUGAAGUUGGUUUCAGAUUUUCUUAAAUUUUCAAUUGUAUCAAUAUUAUAGACCUUUCUUUUAGUAAGGGAUCUACACGGCAGUCAAUUUAGCAUUUGACUUUAUAGUCUUUAUUUUUAGUUGUCUGCAGGUGCUUGGCAAUUCUUAGAACUACUUGCUUAUUCCAAAUAAGAAAACUAU